AUGAUAGAUAUUAAGAUGGAUAAUAUAAAUAAAUGUAAAUAUUAUAUAAGCAUAAAGAAUAUUUAGUGGUGGUGGAUCAUAUGAUGAGGAAGGAAAUUAGAAAAAAAUUGGAAAGUGGGUAAAUUUGGAGGAAGGGUUUAAAUAACAUAAAUAAGUCAUUUAAAAUGGUGAAUAUAAUAUGAAUGGUAUAAAGGUAGGUAGAUGGGAUAUCAUGUAUUGUAAAUAUGAGGAAAAGGAAUAUAAAUAAAUGUAAAUAUUGAAUAAGUAAAAUCUAGUGGUGGUGGUUCAUAUGAUUAAGAGGGAAAUUAGAAAAAGAUUGGAAAAUGGGUAGAUUUGGAUGAAGGGUUUAAAUAAAAUAAAUAAGUCACUUAUAAUGGCGAAUAUAAUAUAUAGGGUUAAAAGGUAGACAGAUGGGAUAUUAUGUACCUUAAAUAUGAGGAAAAGGAAUAUAAAUAAAUGUAAAUAUUGAAUAAGUAAAAUCUAGUGGUGGUGGUUCAUAUGAUUAAGAAGGAAAUUAGAAAAAGAUUGGAAUAUGGGUAGAUUUGGAUGAAGGGUUUUAAUAGGAUAAAUAAGUCACUUAUAAUGGUGAAUAUAAUCUAUAGGGUUUGAAAGUAGGCAGAUGGGAUAUUAUGCAUUUUAAAUUAGAGGAAAAGGGCUAUAAAUAAAUGUAAUAUAAUAUAAGUAUAAAGGGGAAUAUUUAGUGGUGGUGGAUCAUAUGAUUAAGAAGGAAAUUAGAGAAAGAUCGGAAAAUGGGUAGAAUUGGAUGUAGAUUUUAAGGGUGAUUGGUUUUUUCCUAAAUAAGUAACUCAUAAUGGUUAAUACAACUAAAAAGGUCAAAAAGUAGGUACUUGGAUUGAAAUGAAUAUAAUGAAUAAUUAAAAACAAGGGGAAAAGAAAUAUGAUAAUUGA